UGUUAGUCUCCAUAGUUACAGCUGUGUUCAAACAUUGUUCCCUGCUACAAACCCAGGCAUCUGACAAGCACACCAUCCCUGACAGCCUGCUAUCUGGAAAGUCUGAGGAUGUUCUACAGAGACCAGAAUUCACAUUUUGACAACUGAUUGCACAUCAUAUCAUAAGCCUGAAAAAAAGUAACAGUCCCUGCAGUAUCAAUGACAAUAAUAAACUUAGGUAUGAACUAGACUACAAUGUCAUGUGGACCUGUGUAAGCACACAGCAAGAGGGACCCCUUCAACAAAACAUAUACAUUGAAACACCCUCUUGCCAAGCCUCACCCUACCUCUCUACAACACUGUACAAGAUAAAAUGGAUUCAGAGGAAAGAUACAUUGCAGCGCUAAAAGAAAAGGCUUGUGAAUUGGUAGAAACAGCCAUGAAAAAUGCUCAGGAUUGUCUUAGAACCCUACAAAAGGGACCAAUGGAGGACACAGAUACAGAGCAGAAUUACACAUUGAAGAACAUUGCAUGGGUGCUGUGUAAGGAUUUCACUGUGGAUCUGGGGAAGAAACAAAUUGAAGAAUAUGUUUCUACAUGGGAAUUCCAUGAGAGCUGGUUGUACUGUACAGAUUUUCUAAAACAAGAGGAGUUGGAGUACAGUAAGCUCUUCCACUACAGAAUGAGAUGGAGCAUCCCAACUUGUAGGAAACCAGUUCCUAGAGCUACCGCCUGUGUCUAUUUCACAAUAAAGAUCUCCAAAAUUAAACCAUCUACUUUGCCAGUGGAAGUAUUCUUUGUAUUUGAAUCAAACAGACUUGUACACAGGCCAGGACAAACAGGAUUCAGAGAAAAAUGGCUGAAAGACAUCAUUGAGAGCAAAAUUAUAAUGAUGGACAGUAUUACAUUUUAACCAGCUUUAGGACUCAUGCAGACUGCAGCUCAAAAAAAAGCUGCUUUUACAAGCGUUUGAACUUUUAUUUCUCUGCCUCUAUACUGCUCUCUAUAGAGAGAACACUUUCAUGUCAAUGUUGUUAAAAAAUAAAACUUGUUGGAAUUAAA